AUGUCACCUCGUCAACCACAUUCGCGCCGGUGCCCAAGCAUCGUCGCGGCUACUCUGCUCGCCUCGUCUGUCAUGAUUGCUCCCAUCUCUGGGCACGCCCUUCCUCGACAGACAGUACGACCGACUAGAACAAUGGAUAUCCUAUCUUGGCCCAUCGAGCCUACACUUCCCGCCCAGCUCGCCCGCCGCGAUUUCAAUACCAUUUGUGGUUACAUAGGAGGCAACCCCGAUUUGCCCGCGACCUGUAUGGCGGGUUCCCAUUGUGUCGUCGACGCUCAGAACAAAGCUAUCGGCUGCUGUCCCGACAAGGGUGACUGUACUAAAGGCAUCUUCACCGACUGCAUUGACGAAAACAAACCUGGGCACGGCGUCGUUGACCCUCACAUUUAUAGUUGCGGCGUUGGAAACUUUUGCUAUAAAAAUACCUUUGAAGGCGGAUACUUCCAAUACGGUUGCGGCUCAGCCUCUGAUAUGGCUACCACGGUUGUUCUCACAGCCUCGGGCGAAGCUCCUAUAGCUAUCACAACCGUUUCCGUUUCUCUGCGUCCUACUACGACUCUGACCUCGGUCACUAGCAGUGUUGGCAACAGCCCUAGUAGCACCUCGGGCCGCAAUAGUGAGCCCACUGAUGAUUCGACUGAUGAAGAAGGAGAAGCCGACAAUAAGAGUGCCAUUGUUGGUGGCGUUGUUGGCGGUCUCGCGGCUAUCACUAUUUUGCUGGCCCUGGGUAUCUUCCUUUGGCGCCGUAACCGGACACCCGAGUCUCCCCACCGCCCGCUGGCCAGCCCGGAGAAUGACUUGGACAGUAACGAUGACUUGACUGACACGCGACCGGCGCCCAAGCCUCCCGGAUCUGAGCCUCAGCAUCAAGACGCAGAAUCAUGGCCUAUUCCUCCUACUGCAAAGGGCGGCAUCAUUGGUGGCGCUAAAACCGACAUGGACACUGACCAGACUCCCCUAACACACAAGAGCCCUCUUGCACCUACCAAUAAUAUUGAAAACUUUUCGCCGGUGGACACUGGAAGCAUGCCUCGCCGUGGUGGUGAGCGUCCAUUCUGGCAGCAGACUGGCGGUGGCCGCACCCGAAAUUUCGCUCGAUCCUGA